AUGUCAAUAUCUUCCAGUUCAUCUUCACCUUCAUCCUCUUCCGCUUUCGGUACCAAGAUACCGCGAGUAGGAGGUGUAAGAUGUUAUUGGGCGUUAUUGACACCGCACUAUACACCUCUUCCGCCAAAUCAUGAUGGAACACCAUCAAGUGGAAGCAAGUUGGAACUUCGAUUCGUCCAUCCAGACCCGAUGUUGAGUCUGCAUCUCUCAAAGCAGAAAUUGAGCAUGAUGGGAAGGAGUGUUAUCGAGUUUAUACAUCCUGCAGAGAGAGAACAGGCCCGAAGGGAUCUGACUAGUGCUAUAAGUGCGGAUGACUUACAGGGAAGUGUGACGAGAGUUCGUUUCGCCCGUCUGUCACGUAUACGUACGAUAUUGGGAUGUCCACCAGAGGAGAACGAUUUCCCAGAGGAUGCAGAAAAGUUCGCAGAGGAUGACGAAUAUUUGAUAUUGGACUUGGUGCUGAAUUGGGUCGCCGAUGGGUUGUUGCUAGCUUUCUUCCAUGCGAUAAAGGAUAAAGAUCCAGUAUUGAACAAUGAUCCCCGCCUGUCGCAUGAGGAAUGGUCAAAUUGGUGUGGUACAAGGGUGAUGCCAGAAGAUCAAAUCGAAGCAUUGCAUCGCAACAUAUCAGAUAUCCUAUCUUCUACUCCAUCUUCCAAUUACCCUCCAUCACGCGUAUUUCAACUAUAUUACUCUGCCCCGUCUCCUGAUCCAUCGAUAUCCCCCCCUUCAUCACCUCGGCUAAUCUUCUCAUGGCCACCGCCUAGACCGUUAGGGGUCAAAGUAGAAGCUGACGGGAAAUAUAAUGCUGCCGAAUAUUGUGAACUGAUGAAAGGUGUAGAUAUGGAUCCUUCACAGUUGAAUGCUGGACCAGGAGAAUUGAGGACGAAUUGUACGACACGUUAUGGUGCUCAACAUUCCAUAACGACAGAAGGAGUUUACCGACACGUCACCAGUGUAUUUAUACCGUACGGGAACUUGAUAUUCGCUUGUUUCCAGACGAACAGGAUGUACGAAUUACCAGCUGCCACCAAUGGACAACCCUCUUCUACCUCUUCGUCAUCGUCAGCGUAUGACCCUACUUUGGGAAACGACUGGAAUACGAAUCUCUCUUCGAUACCGCCAGUCACCUCUGGAUCCACCGGAUUACCCGUCCAUCCUCCUCCUGAAAUCCAUCAAUACCCUCCCCAGACUGCAAUCCAGGCGUCUUCGACAUGGGCACAUGCUGAUCCAUAUGCCCUUCCUCCGCGUCAGGACGGUGAAUGGGAAUCGGGGCCUUCAACAGGGUAUCAUCAUAUGCAUGAUGAGAUGCAUCAUCACAAUAGAGAUAUGGGAUACCUACCACCUUCCGCUUCCGGUUCCUCUUCGGCUUAUCCUCAUCCACAACAGCAUCAUUACCCCCAUGAUCACCUCACAUCGUCUAUACCGCAUGGCGGCGUACCUCUUUCAGCCUCUAUGAGCUCUGGGCACCUCUCUUCUGGGCCUAGUCCACCGGGACACGGACACGGACAUCACGGACAUCCAAUGAGUAAUGGAGGGAGCAAUGGUUCGUCAAGCUCGCGUCCACUCGUGCGACCGCCGGGUAACGUGGAGUGUUGUGUGAUGUGCGGUAUAAGGGAGAGUCCAGAAUGGAGGAGGAAUGAAAGUGGGAUCAAAGAUCUAUGUAAUGCGUGCGGUCUGAGAUUAGCGAGACAAGUGGCUAAAAGAGAAGGUAGACAGAAACCAAGAAAGAAGAAAGAUAGUAAUGGCGGAACGAAUAGAGGUGAAAGUGCGACCAAAGAUCAAUAUGGAAUAUGA